AUAUGGCAGCUUAUGAUCCAGGACUCUAGAGCCGGUGUAUCCUAACAGUCUGGGACUCUCUCACUAAUGAUUCGUAGUAAUGAGGCAUUUAUUGCACUCUGAAGUGUUUCUUGCGGACAGGAUGAACCGAACUGCUUCACACACGAUGAGUGUGUGUGUCUUUAUCAAGCAGAUCUUUCAGAACGAGGGAAGUUCGUGCAACUCCAGUUGUCUGUUGGAUUUUCAGUUAUUGCAUGUUUCAAUAAACGCAUAAAGAUUCGGCAACAAGUCAGCAGUGUGUCGUAACGUCUGGAGUAUAAGAGCCCUGUCUGUUCAGUGAGCACCGCGGAGGGGAAGUGUUUCUGGACAGUGCUUUGAGAUAAGCGAGAUCUUUCAGAUCAUCAUGACGACUCUCCAACGAGAUCUUCAGACCCACAGGAACAGAUCUGAGCUGGACACAGGGGACCGGGAGCUCGACGGACACCGGGAUGAGGAUGAGGAGGAUGAAGGCACAGCUGUGGUCCAGGUCCAGAGCAGAUGGAACAACAUCCACCUGUCUCUGGUGUGUGUUCUGUUGGGGGUCUCUCUCAUACUGAUGCUGGACGGCUGUCGGUCCUCCUCGGAGCCGUGGGUUCUGCUGGGUUCUGCUGGGGUCUCGGUCUGGGACUGGACCUCGGUGUGUGUGGUGCUGUUAUUCUCCAUCCUGCAGGUGGCGCUCUAUCAUCUUCCUGUGGGUCAGGUGACGGAAGGAAAGAUGGGCUGCGAUGGAAAGCGUUUGAAAUACAAACUCAACGGUCUGCAUGCGUUCCUCCUGACCGUUCUUCUGGUGCUGGUUCUGUGGUUCUCUGGGGUUCUGCGGGCCGGUUCUUUGACGGUCAAGGUCUUCUCUCUGGUCAGCGCGGGCAUGGCCGUCUCUCUGAUCUUCAGCCUCACGCUGUUCCUGUGUCCAAUCAGAACACCGUCCUCCGCCCAUGUGACCUACGACAGCACAGCACAGGCCCUGCUGAGGUUUGUUCUGGGUCAGAGUAUGGAUCCUCGUCUGGGCAUCAUCGACGUCAAACACUUCGUUAUGGUCAGGAUUGGAUUCAUCGGCUGGGCCAUGAUGGAUGUGAAUUAUCUCCUGACUGCUGUAGAGAUGAAGAACUGUUCUCUCUCUCUGGUUCUCGUCAUCAUCUUCCAGCUCAUUUAUAUUCUGGACUUCCUCAUCGAUGAGGGCUCUGUGCUGACCACCAAAGAGUUCACGCAGGAGCCCAUCGGGUUCAUCAUGAUCUUGGGCGAGUUCAUCUGGAUCCCCUUCUUCUCCAGUCUGCCGGCUUACUUCCUGCUUCAGAGGCCAGGUCCCACCCACUUCCUGUCCGCCGUGCCCAUCUCUGUGCUCUUCACUGCUGGGUUCCUGAUCUAUUACCUGUCCAACGAGCAGAAAGACGGUUUCCGCCGGGACCCCAGCGCCGCGGCCUACUCCCGUCUGAAGACGAUCCGAAGCCCGGCGGGAAUCAGUCUGCUGGUGUCCGGAUGGUUCGGAUGGGUUCGACACCCCAACUACCUGGGAGACGUCCUGAUGAUGUUUGCCUGGUGUCUGCCGUGCGGGUUCUCCAGUGUCGUUCCGUAUCUGCCGGCUCUGCAGUGCUUUCACUUACUGAGACAGAGAGCUAACGAGAUCGAGGAGUCGUGUCUGAAGAAGCACGGAGACUCCUGGAGAGAAUACUGCCGGCGCGUGCCGUACAAACUCCUGCCGUACGUCUACUGAGGGUCUGAACACACGCCUCGUCCGAGAACACAGAGAUUCAAGAAAAAGUCUGAAUCCCAAAGAACGUAAAACAUGAAAUCAUGAAGUCAGAGCUGAAGGAAAUAUUUCAGCGUGUAACCAGGAUUAGAAAAAACACAAGGACAACCUGUGCAUUCAUUUAUAUUUAAUGUGUCCAAAAAUAAUUAUAUACAGUGUACAAUGUACUCUAUAAAACAUGCUUAAAAUAUAUAAUAAUAUAUAAUUAUUGAUGUAACGACAGAAAUGUAAAGAUUUUUAAGCAUUGUAUGAAUUAUGUCUACCUUUAAUUUUAGUAUAUAAUAGACACUUAAAGUGGGUACAAAGUACAAAUUUUUAAUAACCAUAAAAAUGUGCUACAAACAGACCUGAAGUAGUUUUUAACUAAAAAUAUAAUUUUCUGCUGUUGUUGUCAUUUUUACUAUAAUACAGCAUACCAUUCUUCAUCUAUUUUUAUUGUUCUCCUGUGUUUAGCUUCCACGUUCUUCUUUAUAAAAUACUCUCUAAUAAAUAAAGAUAAAACUGCG